AUGGCUUCCACACGCCGUCGAGACGCCGCAGUCAAGAUGAAGCUCAACAUCUCAUACCCCAACAAUGGCACCCAGAAGCUGAUCGAGGUCGACGAUGAGCGCAAGCUCCGCGUCUUCAUGGAGCGCCGCAUGGGUCAGGAAGUCCCCGCCGACAGCAUCGGCGACGAGUUCAAGGGAUACAUCGUCAAGAUCACCGGCGGUAACGACAAGCAAGGUUUCCCGAUGAAGCAGGGUGUCAUGCACCCCACCCGUGUCCGCCUCCUGCUCUCCGACGGCCACUCCUGCUACCGCCCUCGCCGCACUGGUGAGCGCAAGAGGAAGUCCGUCCGCGGAUGCAUCGUCGGCAUGGACCUCUCCGUCCUUGCCCUCAGCAUCGUCAAGAAGGGCGACGAGGACAUUCCCGGCCUGACCGACAUUGUCCACCCCAAGCGCCUCGGUCCCAAGCGCGCCACCAAGAUCCGCCGCUUCUUCGGUCUCAGCAAGGAAGAUGAUGUCCGCAAGUUCGUCAUUCGCCGUGAAGUCGUCCCCAAGAAGGAGGGCGCAAAGCCCUACACCAAGGCCCCCAAGAUCCAGCGUCUUGUCACUCCUCAGCGUCUCCAGCACAAGCGCCACAGGCUCGCACUCAAGCGCCGUCGCGCGGAGGCUUCCAAGGAUGCUGCCAACGAGUACGCUCAGAUCCUUUCCAAGCGCAUCAACGACGCCAAGGCCGCACACGAGGAGGCCCGCAAGAGGAGGGCGUCUUCCAUGAAGCACUAG